AUGCAGCACGACGAGAGCAAUAGCGUGACGGCUUCUAUGGAAAGCUGGGAAGGCAGCGCCGAAUCGCGAACAGCAUCGACCGUAUCGCUGAAGCAACCAUACUCAAUGGGCACACCAAUUGGCUCGGACAGUAGAGCCGGACCUGGUCUGUUGCUCUUUCCCGGCACUGCUCAAAGGCACAAUCAAAAUCUGGUACUAAAAUGCCCAAAACCAAAAACAACAACUGUAAAUGCUAAUGAUGAGCACGUUGACCCUAAUCGCCGAAAGCCGUGCAGCGUGCGCAGCUUUCGGCGACCGCCGCUGUGGCAGCCACCACCGACUAGGCAGAUAAAGGCCGAGGAGCUGCGUCAGGAGGCGCUGGCAGAGAACGAGCUGGAGACAGGCCGAUUUGCCUGUCUGGCCAAGCUGCAAGCAUUCAUAAUCGAAUUUCUGCAGGGCUCCUCCAUACAUGGAUUUAUCUAUUUGGCCAAAUUCGGCUUAAAUUUUGUUGAACGCAUGCUUUGGUUUGCGUUCAUCUGCGUGGCACUGUUCAGUAUCAUCUCGCUGAGCCAACGCACUUGGCAACGUUUCCAGACCUCGCCCAUGGUCAUUUCAAUGGAUCGCAAUAAGUUAGUGUGGAAUACCAGUUUCCCAUCGCUGACCGUGUGUCCCCAUAAGCGCAUCGAUGAUAUCAAAUUGGAAGAUUAUAUACUAGCGCAUAGUGAACAAUUCGAAAAUGAGGAGGAUAAGGAGUAUUUCCGGGACUUUAUUGUCAAACUUGCAAGUCUUACAUACGACAACUUGGAAACUCUGCCACUAAACAAGUCAUAUGGCAUCGACAGCAACCAAUACUUGGAUUUACUUUACGAAUUGAAAUGGUCUUUCGAGCCGGAAAUCAGCAGCGGCGCUGCCGUCAAAAUGUUCAUCUACGAAACGCAGACAGAGUUUGGCACUUGCCACUCGGUAAACUCACUUGUGGCACGCUACAAUUCCUUUGGCUACUGGCGCUCUGGCGAUUGGAGCAUCCUGGAUCAUGGUGAUCGUGUCACAGUGCAUCCUCUCGAUGGCGAAAUCUAUGCCCAGAUCAUCAAUCUAUCAACGGCCUAUGAUGUUUACUUUCACAGCGCAGGCGAUGUACCCAACAUAUCCAAGCAGCGCUACACCUUUCCCGAAACCGACUAUACGACUGUGGAGCUGAUCGCGCUGGAGAUCUAUACAAAUGAGGAAGCUAGAGCGUUUAAUACCAAACAGCGCAAGUGUCGCUAUCAGUACGAGGCCGAGGAGAUGCAAACGGUGCCCAUUUACAGCUUUGGGUUGUGCCUCUCCGAGUGUCGCAUGUUCUUUGCCCUGCGCGUUUGCGGCUGCGUUCCGCACUUUUAUCGCAACCGGCUGCGCAAUGGUCGUCGGUUGCCGGUUUGCGGCUUGGAGGGCAUCGGUUGCCUGGUCAAAAUUAAACGCGAAAUAAUCUCCUUAAAAUCCGAUAGAUACAAAAUCCAUUGCAAUUGUUUGUCCAACUGUGAUGAUUCCAACUUUUUUGUGCAGUCUUAUAGGUCCCGCGUCUGGUUCCUGGGCGCUAAUCUUCAAUGGGGCAUUAUUGAUUACCCGAAAAUGCAGCUGCGCCGGGAUGUACUUUUCUCCUUCGCCGAUGUCUUGGUUUAUAUUGGCGGCCUGGUUGGCUUUUUUCUAGGCUGCAGCGCAUUGAGCUUUACGGAAAUCAUCUACUAUUUUACGGCACGUUUGGUGCGUCGCAUGUUUUGCAAUUAA